CGUACUGUGGUGGACACGAUCCUUCGAAGCUAUCGAAGACAAUAAUAUUGAGGAAAUCUCGCUUACGCUCACAAAGAGGUCCGCUUCGCGCUUUCACCAUGUUCCCAAUUAUGUAUGGCAUGCCCUGGACGCAGCUCUGUGCCGACCAAGGAUGUCCUCCUUGAGAAACGUACAUCUAGGAGUGGAAGAUCUCGAGAUUGACAAAGCGUUGCUUUUGAGGUUGCUGCAGGCAUUUCCUCUUCUUUAUCAUCGGGGCCUACUGCGAGUCUAAGGCUCCCUCCAUAUACCGUACUUUCGUGAUAAUUUCUGUGCUUGCUUUCAGUAUUUAUGCUUUUAUAUAACCAUCCCGACUCGGCUGCUCCUGUUAUACAUACCCAAGCAGCAGUUGAACGCAUAUUUCUACGAAUCUACUUAUUAUUACACCCAAUGACAGCUUUCGGUCCGCCCAACCGAUAUGUCCACAUGGCAAGCAACCCUGAAUAUUUCUUUCGUUUGUCAUUCACUGGUCGUAGUCAAGAUCAGAUGAAGAAGGAGCCAAGAUCCGACGCCACAGAACGCUGUCUUCCCCAGGAACUAAUUGAUAUUAUUAUCAACGAAAUUCCAAGCAACGAUCAUCGUACCCUCUCUUCAUGCGCCCUCGUUGCUAGAUCAUGGGUAUAUACGAGCCAACGCUGCCUACACUCUCGUUUUGCCAUCUCUUUCCUAGAAUCGGAGGAAGCGGGAACCGCAGCUAGGUCCACAGGGCAGCGAUUUGCUCAUCUUUUAUCUACAGCUCCCCAUAUCGCGUCGUUCGUCGAGAAUCUCUCGAUAAAGAAUGCAGAAGGAGUUGAUCCGCAGCAGCCCUGGUUCAUGUUCUCCAAAUCAGCAUGGGAGACAAUCUUCCCUGGCUUGGGGAAUCUGCUCAGCCUAUUCAUUGAAUUUGGUUACUAUGAUUAUGGGGAUGAUAUCCUUGUAUUCAAAGAUCUCUUGCGGCGUGCCUUCAGCCAGCUUCCAAGACUGCGGGAAGUCACCCUCAACCAAAUCUGUCCAUUCAUAGAUGUAUACGGCAUUUUCUCCUUGUUCCAAGGUGCUCAAGCAAUUAGGCACAUCAGCCUAUGUGACGUAGUCCCCUCGAGUGAUGCACCUCAAGCCGGAGCUGAUACUGCGAAAGUCGUGCUUCCAAUAGAUUGCCUCACGCUUUCUCUUGAGUACAGUGACUUUAUCAGAUUAACGGGCAUGAUGGUCCAUCUUGUGGGGGACCUAGAUGUACUGGACCUUUCGCAUGUGACCACGCUCUGGACCCGCUUCCUUACGCUUUCAGAGGUACGCGCAGCGACCGAACUCCUCCAUUCCAAAGAGACAGUCUUUCCAUCUCUGAGAAUCCUCAAAAUCGAGAUGGAAAUGCUCCCGACUGAGUUUAACACCAACAUCGUCUUGAGCUCGCCGCAUUCGAUACCUGGUUUCCUAUCUCCAUAAUGGUCCGUUGGUGGAGUCUCAUCUUCACCAAAAUAUCCGAGAAUUACAUCCAGGAGGUCACAGUGAUAAUACCACCGAAAUCCGCAAUGGACCUAUAUAACAACGAUGUGCCUAUGUCGCUGGAUGGUAUCCGAGAAAAUUGGAAUGCGCUGGAUAGAG